AAUUCUGAAAAAAAAAUGCAAAUAAAAACUUAUUAAUAUAAUGUAAUAAUAUAUUUAUUAAUAUAUUAUUAAUAUAAUAAUAAUAUAAUAAUAACUAAUUAUUAUUUAUUAUUAAAACUUUACAAACAAGUUGUUUCACAGUAACUGGUCUCAUAAACAGAAAACACAUUACUCUAACAUUAACACAUGAACUAAAUUCUGAAGAUUAAAGUAAGAUUUCUUAACUUAUUGAAUGUUAUUCAUUCGUAUUAACAGAAUUAAUUGGCUGAAUUAAAAAAAAAACCCUCCUGUUAAUCUCACACACACUCACCACAAACAAAAGCAUUUCUACUUCAUCAUUGAACAUCAAAGUGGUAAUUUACAUUUACAUUUAUUCAUUUAGCAGAUUCUUUUAUCCAAAGCAACUUACAAAUGAGAAAAUACAAGCAAAGCGAUAUAUCAAGCAGAGAACAAUACAAGUAGUGCUACCAUACAAUGUCUUUUAAUUGAGUUCCAGAAGAAGUAAAGUGCGCAGAGUAGAGGUGUAAGUGACAGAGUAAAUUUUAUUUAUUUAUUUAUUUAUUUAUUUAUGGGUUGGUUAGGUGUUCACGGAAGAGGUGGGUCUUUAGCUGUUUUUUGAAGAUGGUGAGAGAUUCUGCAGUUGAGGUUGGAAGUUCAUUCCACCACUGAGGGACAGUUAGUGUGAACGUUCUUGAAAGGGACCUUGAGCCACGCUGAGUAGGUAGUACUAAGCGUCGGUCGUUGAUUGAUCGCAGAUUGCGUGAGGGAACAUAAGCCUUCAGGAGAGAGUUGAGGUAGGAGGGUGCUAUUCCUGACAAGGUCUUGUAGGUGAGCAUCAAGGCCUUGAAUUUGAUGCGGUACGGCUACAGGAACCCAGUGGUGGAGAUGAAGACGGGUGUGACAUGGUUUCUCUUGGGCUGGUUGAAGACGAGGUGUGCUGCUGCAUUCUGAAUCUGAAUAUUGUACUGGCACUUUAAUUCAGCGUGAGCAGCGGGCCAAAAAAAGAUUAGACUCGACGCAGAAACUCCCGCUUCACUACUGCAGCAUCCGGUGUCAAAUUUUAGCAGUGCAGAGCUUAUAUACUGCAGUUUUGUCGUCAUUCCACACAAGAGACAUCAUCUUUACACACAGCACGAAAUCGAUGUGUUUUCCCGCCCUCUUUUGAUUGACAGGAUAUAAUCGGCCCUGAUCAUCGGAUGUUUUUAAACUAUCGGUCGACAGCGUGAAAAAUGCUGUCGACCGAUCGUGCCUUUAUUGGCCGAUACAUCGGUGCAUCUCUAGUUAAGACACUUGGUUAUAGUUUUAAACAAAUCCACUGCUACUAGUUUAGCAAUUAUGUCCACACCAUGCUAACAGAAUCUGUAAAAGAUUACAUGUGGGUGUGACGGUUAGCUUAAUUUUAAUUAAAGUCAUUUUAAAUACAGCAGUUUAAUUGAAAUGUCCUGAACUUGAUGCUCCAGUGGACCACAAUGAGCUUGAAACUGUGUGCGAUUCACUGUUAUCUUAAAUCUGUUCACAGAGUGUGGAACUGUAGGACACACACAGGGGAAAAAAAAUACACUUUGUUAUAUGAGCAUGAGGCUGGCUUCAGAGGAAGAGCAUGCUUUAACAUGUAUUAGAGAAGAUAAUGUGUGUAAGCAAGACAACCUCGAUGUGGUCAAAUAGACUUUGGGAUGAACUUUUGAACGUGAUAAAAGGCUGUACAUAGGUGAAAGAUACAGCAUUGUUCUAAGUCAUUUAGCAUUCUAGCAUAUAUUCAAUAUGUGUGAUAUUGGUUACAGGCAGAACAGGGUUAUCAGGAUUUGUUGUGUUGGUUAUCAGGAUUAGCUUGAUUUGUGUGCGUCCUUGACAAAAUCUAAAGAAAUAUGAGCAUACAUACAUGGAGAGGAAGGACCGUUCAGGUUGGCAAGUAGUGUUAAUAUCGUUAUUGAAAACUAUGAUGAAAAAUGUUUGGUUUUUUCCCAUGCCAAAGACGAUGACAAGAUGACACCGACGUCAUUAAACACUAACUGUGACUAUAUCGAUGUGCAAUAUAAAAAGAGAGGAGAAAAUAUAUUCUAGACCGGUCUUUUGUCAGCGUAUAGAACUCUCACGGUUGUUUCUAUAUUCAUUCUGAUAUGUCGCCUAAAUGCCUUUUUACUUUCAUUCGGCAUUCGGUGAAGAUUUAAUGUAAAUAGUUUGUUAUUGCUGGUGCCUGCUGGCAAACUGAGCUCAAAACUCAGCUCAUGUAGCACAGACCGAAAGUUUGCCUCUUUCACUGGUGCAAAAAGGUCAGUGAAGGUGACGGCGAUGCCAUCCACAGGUGUAACUGAACCUGGUGUUCACUGUGGCGUCUGGUUUCACACACAAACUCGUCCACUGGACACCUGCCACUUACUGUAUAUCGAUUACGGUCACUUUAGUGUUAAGAAUGCACGUUACACGCCAUACACAUGAGCCACAGCAUGCAAAAACAAUCCAAGAAGCAAGAGAAUACUGUAACAAUAAAGGUCAUAAUUUGGAUAUAGGAAUUACAGCAGUAACAGCAAGAUUUAUACAGGAAGUCAGAAAACAUAAAGAAAAAUGUGUAUUUAAAAAAAUAACCUAAUAAAAAUCUAAAAUCACAAGCAGGCUGACACGUGUUUCAUACAAUACUACACCUACACACGUUCAGUAGUAAACUGGGUGCUCCAGUAACAGCAGAGUAGAAACAGACAGAUGGUAUAUGGGGGAGUGUUUACGAAUGACUUUAAAUUUUCCCAGUAUUUUGCACAGCACGAGUACAUAAUAAAAUCAUAUUGUGAUGUCACACUUGUGGUUGCACUCUUACAACUGUGAUUCCUACGGAAAAAAAAAAUUUAGCUUGUGAACACUCCUCUUUUCGUUUCUCUCUUUAGUAUCACAUUAUUAGUAGCAUUAGUUUGUGUGCCAGCUCAUCCACGGGCUGAUGAGCAGAGCUUUACCAUUUAGAUCAACCUUUUAACAAAUGUUACUCUUUAUAAAGUCCUCAUUCACAAUUCCAUACAUUUUAAAUUCCAUUUAAAUGACACCUUUUGAGUGACCAACGACUUUAAAGAAAUGUUGCUAAGUGACAGGUAUACUGUAAGCCAGUGUUCUGUUGAUUUUCUUGUCUUUCUAGAUUCUGCAAAAUCAAGGGGGAAACACAUUCACCUCACCAUUUAGCUCGAUAGAGUUAUUAUUGCAUCUAGUGAUCAAAAAUAGGAAUGGCAACAAGCACUAAUGAAAGCCCUUUGGGGCAGGAAUCGCACUGCCCUGUGCUUGCUCUUUGAACGUUGUCAUUGGUAAAAGAGGAGCAAACUGGACGGAUAAUGACACGGUUGCUUAGUAGAGGCAUUAUGUUUUCAGGUUGUCCGUCUGUCCUAGAUUCUCGUUAGCACGACAUUUUAAGAACAAGGGGUAAAAAUCAAUUUUAUAUGGAAUUGAUACAAACAGGGUCAAGAUCACAGCAAGGUCAAAUGUCUGAAAUAGUUUUUCUUCAAUAGCUUCUUGCCUGUUUGUCAUACAGAGAUGUCACUUACACAGUUAUAUUGACAAUCUCAAGACCCAUUAUCUGGCUAGCUAAAGUUUUUGCCACCGAUCCAGUCUGUUGCUCUGUCCAUCUGUCCAAAUUCCAAAUCCAAAUCCAAAUUAGCAUGAUAUCUCAAGAAUGAGAGGUUGAAUGUUUGUAGGAUUUUUAUUAUGAAUUAUGAUUGUAACCAGCAGAUGACCUGACUAGAUUUUGGAAUUGAUCCAAUCAAAUGUCUUCCUUCCAGUUUGAAGUAUAUUGUAAGGGUAUUUCUGGUUUACAAAUUAGUAACAAAAAGACUUGGUGUCCACAUCGAUGCCAUUGGCAUCGAGUUCUAUUUGUUUCAGCAAAUACUCCAAAAAUUAAAUCUAAUAAACAUCCGCAAACAAAAGCAAACUGUAAGUGCAGACAGUUUCUCUAAGAUGCGCAGGACCGUUUCUGUUGUGAGAUAUUGCAAAGAUUGGGAGCGGGAUUAUGGAGUGGAUAAUGUCUCUACAUCAGAAAUGCGUGUGCACCACAGUGGACCUUGUUUCCCAUACAAGGGCUGAGGAAAAAUGUGUUUCCUUUUUCUUAUGUACAAAUUGUCUCUCAACUGCCAAAUACAGGGCUCCUCUAAAAAUGUACUAGCCUGUAGCAUAAGUCAAGUCCACUUAAAGCUGCUGCUCAUGACAUAGCCUCACAUGACAUAUGUUGAUGAGCCGCUGCUGAUUACUUCAUCAUUUCAAAGAACAGCGUUAGGAAAAGGUUUUUUUUCUCCUUGUGUGGAAAUCUUUGAGAGAAAAGUCUAUGUGUGGUAAAUCCUUACUCCAGUAAAAGCAUUCAAAUCAGCUCUGGUAUUACAUCAUCUGUUUUCUAGAGAGUUCCAUGGGUGAGCACUGAAAUCUAACGCAAAGAGCAGCUGGCAGGCAGAGGCACAAUACACUCACACACCCUGCCUUCGUCCAAUAAAGGACUGUCAACAAGCUGCUUGAGCUGGAAAGGGUGUCAAGUAGCACACCAGUAGCUGGUCAUGUGCAGCCUAAUGCUUGUCACACUCUGACGUCUAUGAGUGGGGAUUAAGUUAUGCUUGGUUUUAUGUACAUUCUGCAAAUAGCUUUAAUAAUCACAUGGCUUUUGUUGUGGGUAUAGUGUUAAGCCGUCUGAGCAUUCAAAAGCACAUUUUGUCAGUUGAAAGGCAAAGUGAAGUAAUAGAAAUAAAGAAGUGGGCUUGUAUCGCACAAUGGACUGAUAUAUUGUUGUACUGAUAUACGUUUUGAUAUAGUUUUAUCUCUGCUAUUGAAGGUGAUGUAUUUGUAUUAAUUGUCAGAUUAAAAGAUUCCUCUAUAACUCUGUAUUGUUUGUGUUACUCUUUUCUUUUUGUCUUCAUAGGGGAGAUCCCAAUUUGGUAAAGCUCAAUGUCGCCAUUACCUGUGGUUACCUGCUUUACGACCUUCUGCUGCUAGCCAGCAACUGGAGCACCAUGGGAGACAGCUUUUUUGUGUGUCACCACUUGGCGGCACUCUACGCAUAUGGAUACGUGCUGACACGUGGGGUGCUUCCAUAUUUCGCAAACUUCCGACUUAUUUCGGAAUUAUCAACACCAUUUGUGAACCAAAGGUGGUUCUUUGAGUCGCUGGCAUACCCUCGCUCUCACCGCCUGGUGGUGGCUAACGGUGUUGCCAUGGCUGUGGCCUUCUUCCUGGUACGCAUCGCGGUGAUGCCGCCAUAUUGGGCGAAAGUGUUUGAAACCUUUGGUACACCCGCUUUCGAGAGGCUUGGCCUGGGCGCGCAGGUGGCCUGGAUUGUUUCCUGUGUCUGUCUGGAUGUGCUCAACGUCGUAUGGAUGUAUAAAAUCGCCCGUGGCUGCUACAGGGUCAUCACUGGAACGAGUGGCAAGAAGAAAGGUGGCAAGGCGAGCUCUGACGAGUUCAACCAUGUCAAUAAUCAUACGGAUUAAACAAUGCAGGCCAUAAGCAGGGGACGGAAUUGAAAGUGGCAUACUGGACCACAGCUUUAGAUUUUAGUCUUCCCUGCCAGACCAGGAACUAGGUAGCUGCUGCUUAUUUGCUGUCUUGCUAUAAAAAUGGAGAGAGAGUGGAGUCUACAGUGUUCUCUGUUGCCUGGGUUGGAGAUCAUCAAGAGGCAUUGUGGGAAUGAACAUCAACAAGCAUAUAGAAAAGACCCCAAUUGCUUCAGCCACAAGUGCCUCAAAACCCAAGGACCAGAAAUGGAACAUGUGACAACCUUCGAAUUCUGAAAGCUACCUUGUAAAGAUUUUUUGGUCAGUUGUCUGACAGAUGUACCACCUCUUGGGGUCUUCCUGUUUUUAGACACAGUGAACAUUCACUCAAACACACCACUGUGCCUCUUACCUACAGGUCUUGGAGCAUUUUUCUUUUAAACUAACUCCAAUGAUUUUUUUUUUGAAUGCUCAUCUUUUGUGUCUACCCAAUCAUCUCUUUUUUUUUUUUUUUUUUUUUUUUUUUGUUUGUUUGUUUGUUUGUUUGUUUGUUUUUUUAAAAGCACUAAAGGCUCAGUGCUCCUCUUAAUAUCACACUAUGUUAGUAAUUUAUAGCCACCACUGUAUCCUUAGAUCUGAUCCAUCCAUUGGUAAAAUGUCAUCUCUACCUCUCUUUCUUGGCAUCAAGGCUCUUAUUAUUGACUGAAAUGGAACACAAGAUCUCCAAUUAUGUUCUGUCAUAAUCUGAUAGAUUCCCCUGCGCUCACUAUUACCUUCCAAGCACGUGUCUCUGUCUCUGUGUCUUCACUUAGUGGGGUGUGAGAAACUAAACAAGAGGUCCUGCAGGUGCCUUCUCAAAUGCCACUGGAAUGCUUAUUUCACCAUCACCUCCUUCAGGAACAUUAGCAUCAUGCUUUAUAUAAAGCCUAUCUACAUAUCCAUUAGGUGGUUGCUUGAUUUUCAGCCCAGUGCUGCUUAUGGUUUCUUUCAGUCUGCUUCAGGCAAACUUGUCUUUCUCUGCUGAAAACUCCUCAGUUUGUUUAAUACUUCUGUGUAACUUGAGUUUCUCCUUUACAAAUUAACAAUUUGUGUAAUAUCCUCCACCCCCACCCCCCCCUGGAUUGGUCUCAGUAGGUGACAUUUUUUUAAAUGUCAAACUUUGUGAAAUUUUUGUUGUUUCUCAUAGUCUAUGGUGCUUCCUACUCACCAGCCAGUGCGUCUAAAUGGUACAUCUGCUUCAGCUGUCUGAUCUGACAGCUUUAGCAUGUAAAAGCUGACCGUGUCCUUUAUUCAGAAUGUAUUCAGUCGGGAUGUACAGUACUGUGCAAAAGCCUUAGGCCUUAAUUAUUAAUUAUUAUUUUUAGUAUAAAACUUUAUAGGUUUUUAUUUUAUCACUUCUGCAUUAUCGAGUCAGUACAAAAACAUUUUAGAUUCCCAAACAUUAGUUUUCCAGCACAAUAUUAAAUGUUACAGAAAAAUGUUUGUAUGACAUUAAAGAAAGCAGCUUAUUACAUAAGAGACACUUUUCAGACAAAGAUAUAAUGAAGGCUGCUGGGUUUUGCUGCAAAAAUAAGAAGCAAGUACGACAGUCAAAGUCUCCAGAAGAACGGUGACUGGUUCUGCAAAAUGCUCAAUAAAACUCAUUAUUUUCCUUAUAAAACUGCACAAAUUGUACAUGAGAAUACUCUUUUUAUUUUUAAAGCAUAUGGUCAUCACACCAAACACUGCCUUUGUUUCAUUUACUACUGUUUACUGCUCUUUAUAGUAUUUUUUGUUUCAUGAAGAAACAUUUCAUUUCAUUAUUUGUGAAGGCAUCUUUGCUCUACAGCAUUUCUUUGCAUGUGCCUAAGACUUUUGCACGGUACUGUGUAUAUAAUUAUUAUUUCCAUGUGUAUAUGCCGAUAGCCCAUUUGUCCACUUUUGACUUAAGCACAAAUAAUGGCAGCCAUUUAAGUUCAGCAUGUUGGGUAUAAAAAUCUAUCAAUCAUAAUGUUAUAUUCGCAGAUAUCAUUACAUUUAAAUAACGCAAAAUGACACAUGCUCUAGCACAGGGGUGCACAACUCCUCGAAGACCUGGGUCCAGCAUGGAUUUUCCUGCUUUAACUCAUUUCCUAAACCUGGUAAUUAACUGUUAAGUUAAAUCAGAUGUCGUAAAGCAGGGGAAUCACUAAAAUGUGCAGUAUUCUGGCCUUUCAAAACUGGAGUUUUGCACUGCUGCACUAGUGUGUCCCUCCACCAAUAAUGCGAACCGAUUGAUAAGUCCAAUAAUGCAUAAACUUGGCAAUACAUAUGCUUCAUAUUAUAUAUUAAGGUGAUCAGAUAUUUGAAUACCAAGCAUUACUGCUAAUCCUGUGAAUUUACACACGGCUCAGCUGAGUGCAUCUGUUCAAUUCAUUUUGAUUUAAUGACUUUUUACUGAAUUAUAAUAUGGGGUUUAUGUUUGUCUUAUUGUUUAAUGUAGUGGGGUUUUUUUCUUAGUAUUACAAGAUACCAUAACCCGUAUGAGAGUCAGUAUUUUGUCUCAAAAAAAGGCAUGUAUAUCUCCCAAAUGUUAGUUUGCCAGAUUGUUUGGAAUUAUAUAUAACCAGGCACUCGGAAAUAUGGCCAGAAAGUCCUGAUAAAGUGGGUCAUGAGUGGGAAUCAUGGAAAGUGUAGUUUAUUGCCUUACAUUCACUCUGUCAGUAAAGAGAUUCUUUCUCAGAUCUUCAGUAUUUAAAGCUGUGACAAGAAUCAGACUAUCAGUACAAUUAAAGUUUUCUUGAGCUGUGAGAGCAAAUGCCGGGUUUUGUAUAUGUAAUUAUAGUGCAAUUAUGUCCAGAGAUGCUGUUUGACAUAAGCUAUGGGUGAUGGAUUUGUACAACUGAUGGUAUGAUGUGCAAAUGAGUGUUGCAUGCUAUGAUAUGUAGCAUUUGUAAGAUUUCUCUUGAGUGCAUCUGUGAGGAGCUGCUCAGAACGAAUAGUGAGUUUUUGACGGGAAAUCACUACUAGAGCUUGUGCACCCUUCUGUACAAGUAUAGACAAUGCAUUAAUGAAAUGAAACCUUAUAGUAUUUUAAGUUGUUAUUUGCACAAGGCAUGCAUUUCAGUUUGGGGAGAGGGGCUUUAUUAGCUAAUAUGAUUUACAUGUUUCUCCAUCAACUCUAAUGUUCUCAAUCAACUCUAAUUCUAACAUCUCCAAGAUUUAAAUGGUAAACAUGGUACAGCUAGACUCCUAUAGCUGUAAAGUUAGCACAGGGCAUUAGCAUUAGCAUCUCUGCUACAGAAUUAUUUUUUUUUUAUUCCUUUGUACCUUUAGAAAGAAAAGUCAAUGAAAUGCUGUCAUGCUGCAUGCAUCGAAUAUACAAAGAAUUCUUCUUGAUUACUUUGAGUUUCUCUCAAUGAUUUUCAUGUUGUGCAAUCGUUUGGCCAGGCACAUCCCAAGUAAUCAGAUUAUAUAUGGAAUGUGAAUGAAAAAUAUCUGUACUUCUGGAGGAAAAAAAAUAGACUUAAGCCAGCAAUAAAUAAUGAAAAAAAGUAAUGUGAGUAAAACUAAGAAUAGAAUGAUGAUGAUUGUACUUCAUUUUGUAUUUAACUCCCUUUUAUUGUCUUUUAUUGCAACAUGUAUAUUUGUUUUGAGUCUCGGGAUUUUAACAUGAACGUGUAAAUUAAACUGGGCACUGCAAGCCUCUGUCUCAGAACUCGAAUAGCAUGACUAUGACAUAACAGCAGUUGUGUCUUACUUGAAAGUGUCGCUUUUCAAUAAACCAGAGGGCAUUGAAAA